AUGAAGACUGCCGCCGCCGUCGCUCUUCUCUCCGUCACCGGCGUGCUCGCCGCCCCCAAGCCCAACAGCAGAGUCCCUGUUGGUGGCCCGCUGCACAAGAAGGUCGGCACCUUUUCCGGCCAGCAGGUCGAGUCGCCCUGGGGCGGUGGUGUCCAGGAGGGCAACGGCUGGACCUUUGUCACCGGCACCACCAAGAUUCCCAACAUCAGCGGCCAGGACAGCUACGCUGGCACCGCUGCCUGGGUUGGCAUUGAUGGCUACAGCUGCCAGAGUGCCAUCCUCCAGACCGGCGUCCAGGCCCACGGCGACGGCACCGUCCGCGCCUGGUACGAGUGGUGGCCCGAGCCUCCCGUGUACUACGACGACCAGUUCCCCGUCAGCGACGGCGACGUGAUCCGCAUGUCGGUCAACGCCACCUCGGCCAAUUCGGGCACCUCGACCCUCGAGAACCUCACCACCGGCCGCCACAUCACCACCCCCUACCGGAACAUGCGCGAGUCCCUCUGCCAGAGCGACGCCGAGUGGAUCCUCGAGUACGGCGGCGACUCGCAGACCUUUGCCAACUUUGGCGAGUGGGAUUUCUACGACACGUCCGCCACCUCCCGCCAGGGCAGCGUCGGCGCCGACGGCAGCCGCAUCACAAACGUCCAGAUCGACGGCCAGACCCUCACCAACUGCCAGGCCAACGGCCAGGGCGUCCAGUGCGCCUACAGCGGUUAG